UCUCGCAGCCGUUAUUAAACGAAACCCUAAGUAACCCAAUUUAAAAGGCGCGCGAGGGUAAUAAUCUGUUGGAAUUAUUAGAUCGAUAAUCAUAAUUAUCUGGUCUAAUAAACCCAUAUACAAUCAAUUUUUAGUCUAAAUUUUUUUUAAUUUUUUUGUGUUAUUUAAAAAGAAAAAAAGAUUAAAAAUAGAAUUGGAAUCAAAUAGAUUUGGUGAAAGAGGAUGUCUCGGUGUUUUCCUUACCCAAGGAACGGAGCUUCAUCUUCCGCUUCUUAUGAGGCCUUGAUCGAAUCGAUUAAGCUCCAGAAGGAAACCGAAAGGGCCCUCAAGGCAGAAAGGAAGAAAGAGAAGAGGGAGAGGAAAGAAAAUAAGGAAAGGAGGCACAAACACAAGGAGAAACAUUUAGAGAAGGGGAAGUCUGUAUUGAACCAAAAUGAGCUUCUGCAGGACUCUUACAAAACGGUUGACCUUAAAGAGGCCCUUGAGAAGAAAUUGAGGACUGAAACUGAACAAUUGGAGAAGAGUGAUUUAAGUGAAGAACAUGGUCCAUCUAUCAAUCAGCAGAAACCGAGCUACUCUUCUGAUAGCACACAAAAUAGUAACAAAAGGAAAAGGGACGAUUCUACUUUACCUGACGCAUCGAGUGGUUAUGGGAAACCAAUCAAGAUUCGAUUACUAAAGAAGCAAAAAGGAGCUGAAGUUCCCAUGGAAAUUGAUCAACCAGUACCAUUGGCUACUAGGCCAUAUAAUGAAACACCAGUCAUGCAAAACAGGAAAGCCAAUGGAUUUUCUGCAACAUAUGGCACAGAAAACAGAACCCUAAGCGUACUUGAAACAAAAAAUGAUGCUCUGCAGGGGCUUGAUUUUGUUAGAACACAGCCUGCUUCAAGUUUUGCUAGGGUGAUUCCACCUGCGACUAAUUUGAAACAACAAAUACCCAGUUCACAAAUGAACAAUAAUGAGUUACCUUUGCUUAAUGCAAGCAGACAGCUGCCUGUUUCUGGUUAUGGAAGAACUGUUGUUCCGGUUAGUGGGGUUGAUAUUGAUCUUCCUGGGCCAUCUUCAGUUGUGCCUCCUGUUCCAUCUGCAUCGAGAUUGGUCAAUAUGCAAAGGGUCUGUUUAGAUUCAAAUAUGAGCAGAGCCCUAGACACCGGAAAACGACCAAUUAAUGAAUUUACAGCUCCUGCUAACGAUGGUCUGACAAGAUUGGAGAAACAAAAAGACCCAGUUAUUGAGGCCCCACCUCUCUCGCGACAUGAGAAGAAGGUACAAAAGAAGCACAUCAAGUAUGAAAAGCUUAUUGGCAGCUGGGUCCCCCCACUUCUUGAAGCUCUACAGAAACCUGAUGAUGAUGAAGAUUGGCUCUCGAGAAGGGUUCAAACGGUGAAAUCAUCUGCCAGGGAUAUUGUCAAGCCAUCUCAAGAGUUGCCAGUGUCGUCAUUGUGGCAGCCUUGUGCUCGGUUCUUGGUGGAUGCUGAUAUACAUGCGUUGCCGUUUACAGUUCCUUUCUAAUUCAACCGAAAGAUGUGUAUAGUUUUUUGAUAGGUAGGGAAGAGACAAAAUUUAGAGUAGAGUAUUUUUGUUAUUUGUUAAAGAGGAAAGACACCAACGGGUUCCCUCUUUUAUAUACAAAAAAAGUUCAAAAAGAGCUGUAUUUUUCUGCUAUACUUUUGGAUGGUAAAAUGUUUGAAGUUUUUGGCUUCACUCUCAGCUUUUGUACAGAUUCUGACUUUUUAUUUCUUGGGUUCUAAUGUGCAUAUUAUUAUGAAUCAUGAA